AUGAAUAGUAUAGGCGAAGAGUGUACUGAACUAAAGAAAAAAUAUGACGAUUGUUUUAAUUCCUGGUUUUCGGAUCGUUUUUUGAAGGGUGAUCAUGAUGACUCCAUGUGUGCUGGAAUUUUUAAGAUUUAUCAAGAAUGUGUAAAAAAAGCAAUGAAGCAACAGAAUAUUGAUUUCAAAGAGAUUGAUAAGGAUGUGUUGGGGACUGAUAGUGAAUUCAAAGUUCCACCUGAAUCCAGUAGU